AUGGACUUUUUGGACCGCGAAGAUGCAGACGGUAUCCGUGUGACGUGGAGCAAUGUGCCCAAAUCCAAGCUUCAACACCAAAGAAAUGUGGUCCCGCUAACGGCCCUCUACACCCCACUCAACACAAAACUGCAAACAGCAACUGUCCCCGAGUCGUUGAUGAUGCGCUGUCGUCAAUGUAGAGCGUUUGCUCAUCCCUACGUGCAGAUGGAUAGCGACCGGUGGGUAUGUCUGUACUGUUCAUCCACAAAUCCGUUGAUGAAGAUGCAGAGCGGGGAGUGGCAUCCUGCGCUCCAACACACGACCAUUGAAUUUGUCACAGAAAGGCGCGCGCCGGUCCCGCCGAUCUUCUUGUAUGUGGUGGAUACGUGUUUUGAGGGAGAAGACAUUCUAGAAGCGUACGAGGCGUUACGUAGCUCUCUUCUAUACUCGGUCAUGCUUUUACCCUCCGAUGCGCUCGUAGGUAUCAUUAGUUUUGGUCGCCAUGUGCAAUUGCACGAUUUGCACACGCCGCUGAACUCCGUAGUGUUCAAUGGUCUGAAGAAGUAUGCUAUGGACGAGAUCAGGAAGCUUCUAAGAAUGGAAACUGUAGGCUACGCCAAUGGCAAGUUGGGGCCUGUCGCGCGUCGCUUUUUGGCAGGCGUGGAGGUUGUUGAAUACGAACUCAACUCCAUCUUCGAGCUGUUAACCAAUAAUAUCUUCAAGCACGGCGAAUUCGAGAGACCUGCGCGUGCCACUGGCUGUGCCAUGAACAUUGCUGCUUCGUUGCUCCAAGCUAUUUUGGGCAAAGACACUGCCGUUGGUGGCCAUAUCAUGUGUUUCAUUGGCGGUGCUGUGACUGUUGGGCCCGGUAAAGUUGUAGAUAUCCCCAAAAAGGAACCAAUCAGGUCUCAUCACGAUAUUGAGAAGUCUAAGGCUUCUCAGCUCCCCAAUAUUUCCAACGGUGUUGCGAAAGUGAACCCUCUGCUUUGGACUGAGGCGAGACUGUUUUACAGCGAGGUUGCUACUGUUUUGUGUACUCUUGGAAUCGCAAUGAAUCUCUUCAUUGGCUCCUAUGAUCAGGCAGGUCUCCACGAAAUGGCGGUCGUUUGCUCCAAGACUGGAGGUAGUGUAGUGAUGUGCGAUUCGUUUAACACAUCUUUAUUCAAACAGAGUGUCAUCAAAUUCUUCGCUCGUAAGAGCGAUACCCAGGAUCCUGAGAACGAAGGCGCACAAGAAUCUCCCGAGGAUGACUGCUUAUUGAUGGCAUACAAUGGUCAGUUGGAAUGUCGUACAAAUAAAGAUCUCCAGGUACAAGGACUUAUUGGCCAUGCAUCGGCGAUUCCACUUCGCAAAGAUAACUUCACUUCUGUUUCGCCGAUUGUGGUUGGGGAGGGAAAUACCAACGCAUGGAAAUUAUGCUCUGUAAACCCCCAAUCUACAUACGCCCUCUACUUCGACAAACUUGACUCGCAAGCUUUGGGCUCUACCCACUUACAGUUCACGUUCUUUUACCAGCACCCGAGUGGAGAGCACCGAAUUAGAGUCACCACCCUCGCACUUGGUGUGAUUGCAGACACAGAUGCGCAGGCGCUCCUCUACGGUUUCGACGCGGAUGCUGCACUUGUUGCGAUAGCGCGCAGUCAAAUCGAAAAACUCUACGCUCCAGGAAAGAGUAUGUGGGCUCUGACUUUUGACAGCAGUGACUUGAAUAAGCAUUUGGACCGUAUAAUUAUAGACUACUGUGCACAAUUUGGUCAUUACACUAAGGGUGAACCGGCGUCGUUCCUGAUUGCCGAUCCAUACUUCGAUUUGGCUAACAAAUUAUACCACUUGCGUCGUUCACCCUUUAUUCGUGUUUUCAAUAGUUCGCCCGAUGAAACAAGUUUUUAUCACCAUGUUCUCAUGCAUGAGGAGGUUUACAACGCUUGUAUUAUGAUCAAGCCUUCGCUUCUAAGCUACGACAUGGACACUUACGGUCAAGUGGGAGCUAAUGGAGAAACAAUAGUUGACCCUAUUCCUGUUGAGUUGGACUCGAGCUCUUUGGGUCCUACGAAAAUUCUCUUGUUGGACACAUUCUUCCAAAUUCUCAUCUACCAUGGCAAAACGAUUGCUGCUUGGAGAAAGGCAGAUUAUCAGAAUCAAGAGGGUUACGAGUAUUUUAAGGAGUUCUUGAACGCACCAAGGGUGGAGGCGCUGUAUAUCCUCGCUGAUAGAUUUCCCUUGCCUCGUUUCAUUGACUGUGACGAAGGUGGAUCUCAAGCCAGAUUCUUAAUUGCUCGUUUGAAUUCAUCUACGAGUUACUCCACUGAUCCAAACUCUGUCAAUAACACUCAUGACAUUUUGACGGACGAUGCCAGUCUUGCAGAGUUCAUGGAUCGUCUCAAGCGCAACAUUGUCGGUAGCAAGAAAGCUGGUCCAAACGAUAAAAAAUUCUGA